ACACCUUGAAUAUAUUUGUUGUGGUGCCUUAAGAUGGUUUUGUGUAGCUGAAGCAGAACAAUAGCUUGAGAUUUACUUAAGCAGCUGUGUUAAUGAGCAAGUUGUUUGCUUCUUUGAGUGUGAUUUUAUAUUUUUAACUUAUUUUAAAAAACAAAAAAAUCCGUCCGCUUGGUCUGUCGGCUGCUGAUCUUAAUAUUUAAAAAUGAAGGAAGAGAUUGCAGCAACAGUGUUCUUCGUUGCAAGACUAGCAAAAAAACAUGGCAAACUGGAUCGUGUCAGGAGGGAGAAGUUUGCUGUGGAGCUGACCUCUGUGCUCUUUGAAAACUACAAGAGUCACUGGUACCCAGAAAACCCAACUAAAGGACAAGCUUUCAGAUGUUUAAGGAUGAACAAAGCUCAAACGAGAGACCCGGUUAUUGAACGUGCCUGUCGCCAGAGUGACGUUGUUUAUGACAGUCUUGGCUUACCAAAGGAAAUGACCAUUUGGGUCGAUCCGGGAGAGGUGUCAUGUCGGUAUGGUGAGAAGUCAACCCCAUUUUGUGUUACUCAGUUGGAGGGUCAAAAGAGAGAUGGGGAAUUCUCUCGUAGGAUAAACAAUGCAGUGGAAAGGGCUUCAUCGGACUAUCAUUCUGGAACCUCCUCGGACGAGGAGGGAGGAAACACCAGCAUGAGCAGCAGCAUAAGUAGCAACUACAGCAGUAAUAGCAGCAGCAUUUCUGUUCCGGAGCCUAAAUGCAUCCCAACGGUCUCCAACCCGAACAGCGUCUACCAGUUCAGUGAGUUCGGGCAGCCCCCACCUAUGCAGAACUGGGGCACUUACCCUAAAAGAAAACCAUAUGAGGGCUACCAGCAGCAUUCCUCAAGUGGACCAUACCCACCUCAUAAGAGUUUCAAGGGCUACAGGCCCUCCUAUGCAUUCUCUGGUCCAAGGGUGGACCGAUAUCAUUGGGUCAGCAAGAACCGUUCCUAGAGGUUUUUUUUUUUUUUUUUUUUUUUAAACCAGUGUAUUGUUUUGCUGCGCAGCUAUGCAGGCAUAUGUGAAUUUAUAUAAAUUUCUAUGUGGAACUUUAAAUUAUUUAUGGAAUUAUGGCAAUUCCACAAGUACUUUUUAAGAGUUUUAAUGAUUUAUUUGUGGAGUGGAAAAGACUUUCUAAAUAAAAUCUCUUUUAAUAAAA